AUGUCUAUAUUAGUAAAACGUAGUCGUUUAAUCACCACCUAUUUUCAACCGUCAAUAUUUUUCAGAAAUAAUACACAAAAUAUUUUCCAAAAUCGUUCAUUAUCAUAUUCAUCAUUAAAAAUGACCAAUAGAGUUCCUAACACAAAUUUUGGAGAAUAUAAGCAAAGUAUAUGGGUUGAAUUUACAACAUUGGCUGCACAAACAAAAGCUGUAAAUCUUGGUCAAGGAUUUCCUGAUACACCAUGUCCAUUAUUUGUUGCUGAUAAUUUGAAAGAAAUUGGAGAACAUCCUGAAAGAGUUGACUAUAUGCAAUAUACUAGAGGAUUUGGAGAUCCUCGUUUAACAUCAGCUUUAUCUAAACUAUAUUCAAGAACAUUAGGUGUAAAUGUCAAUCAAAACAAUGAUGUUCUUGUUACAGUUGGUGCUUAUUUAGCUCUUUAUUAUUCUUUUACUGCCUGGUUAAAUAAAGGAGAUGAAGUUUUAGUAUUAGAACCUACUUAUGAUAGUUAUGUACCACAAAUUUUGGCAGCUGGUGGUACUCCAGUUCCAGUUAUUUUAAAAUUAGAUAAAAGUAAUAUUAAAAAUGGCCUUUCUUCAUCUGAUUUUAAACUUGAUAUUAAUGCACUUGAAAAAAAAGUUACAGCAAAAACAAAAAUGCUUGUAUUAACAAAUCCCAAUAAUCCUAUAGGAAAGUUAUACUCUAGAAAAGAACUUGAAGAAAUUGCUAAAUUUGUUGAGAAACAUGAUUUAAUUGUAGUAUCAGAUGAAGUUUAUGAAUGGCAUAUUCCACACUCAACAAAGAAAACUCAUGGAGAGGGAAUGAUAAGAUUUGCUUCAUUACCAAAAAUGUAUGACAGAACAAUAACUAUUGGAUCAGCUGGAAAGGCUUUUAGUAUUACUGGUUGGAAAAUUGGAUGGACAAUUGCCCCAGAACAUUUGUCACUUCCAUUAAGAAUGCUUCAUCAAAAUUGUACUUUUAAUGUAGCAACACCCCUUCAGGUAGCUAUUGCAAGAGGAUUUGAAAAGGAAUUAGCAUUAUUUGAAAAUUAUGACAAAACUGGUGAUGAAAAAGUUUUAAAAGAUUCUUAUCUUUUAAAUAUUUUACCUGAAGAAUUAGAAUCAAGAAGAGAUAAAUUAGCUGAAAUUUUAAAGAAAGCAAAUUUGACACCAAUAAUUCCAGAGGCUGGAUAUUUUAUGUUAGCUGACUAUUCAAAUCUUGAUAUUCAAGAAAAUGGGAAAAAAAUAUUUGAUAUAAUACAUGAACCAAAAUAUGGAUCAGUUAAUGGAGAUGAUGAGGCAUUAGAUUAUAAAUUUGUAAGAUGGUUAUGUAUAGAAAGAAAUCUUGCUACUAUUCCAUUGUCAGCUUUCUACAGUAAAGAAUUUAAGAAGGACAAUGAAUAUACUAUUAGAACUUGUUUCUUUAAGAGUGAUUCUACUCUUAAAAAAGCAGAAGAAAUUUUAUUAAAACUAAAGAAUUAA